CGAGAGAUGAUGUAAAGAUGCGCUAAGUGUUCAUUUAAAAUUCUUGGAAAAAAUGUCCGACUCAUUUAAUGUUACUCAUUCUAAUUUAGAAGAGCUUGAUGUAAGCGAAAUUGGCAGCGACUUAAGCAACAAUUUUGAGGAUUUGGCGAUGGAAAUCGAAGUUCGUAUUCGCUCAGCACUCCGCAGGACUACCCAGAACAUGCCGCAUCACUCAACGAUACGACCCGAGCUCAACGUUACUGCUUCCGGAAAUGUACGGUCACGAUAUCAUAUUCCUGACAUUAAACUUCCCACUUUCCGUGGAGGUUAUACUGAGUGGGCAGACUUUUACUCGAUGUUUAGCACAGUAAUAGAUCAGGAGCCCUUUCUAUCAAAGAUUGAGAAGUUCCAUCACCUGCGCUCAUGUUUGGAUGGACGUGCCCUGGAGGCUGUUCGCUCUUUGGAAGUAUCGGAGAGCAAUUAUGAUAUUUCAUUGGACAUGUUAAACAAUCGUUUAAAUAAUAAACGUUUAAUCUUUCAGGCACACGUCGCUGAGAAGGUUGAAGAUGGGUCAACUACAAAGCUACGUACCUUAUCGGACAAGCUUCAUUCUCACAUGAGAGCGCUUAGGUCGAUGGGUACCAGACAGAGUCAUGCUCAGGCCCCAAUCUUUCAAGUUCUCUUGUAGCCGCUUUAUCACCAU